CUAAAUUAUGUUUAAUAAAAGAAAGAUUUAAAAGAAAGAAGAUGUAUUAAAUGGUAUUGAAGUCAAUGAAUAAGAUAUUAAAGAAUUAUAAAUUUAAAAAAAAACUAAAGUUGAACAAACAGAUAAAUAAAUUUUAUUACCUUUUUAGGAAGAAACUAAAUUUAAAGCUGGUUUUAUAUUAUAAAACUCAAAUAACUUUGCAGUUGAGAAACUUGCACCAGAAACAAAGCCUUAUUAAAAUGAAAUUGCUGAAACCCUUUAAAGAUUAAAAUCUAUACAUUCUAUUGAUGAUAUCAAAAAAGGAUAAGUUUUACCUCCUAAGAAAAACAAUUCUCUUAAUACUCCUAUUGCAAUGCCAUCAAAUGUUAAGUUUUCUUGUACUUUUGAUUUCAAUCCUAUGUUAUGUAAAGAUUAUCAUGAUACUGGAUAUUGUACUUUUGGAGAUUCAUGCAUUUAUAUUCAUGAUAGAGGAGACUAUAAAUCAGGAUGGGAAUAAGAAAAAGAAUAUUAAGAACAAUAAAAAACUAGAAGAAUGGAAAAAUAUGAAAAAGAAGAUCUUGAAUUUAAAUAAAAACUAGAAGAAUAUACAAUUCCUGAAACUUGUAAUAUUUGCUAAUCAUCAUUAAAUAAACCUAUCUAAACUAAAUGUAAUCAUUUCUUUUGUGAAAAAUGUAUUAUUACUUCAAAAAAAUGUCCUGAAUGUGGAAAAGCUACCGAUGGAAUUUUUCAUUCUGCUGCCAAAAUCAUUUAAGAAUUAAAAAAUAAAAGAAAUAAAUUCAUUGCAGAAUAUAAACCUUCAGAAAAUAAUACAAAAUAAAGAUUAAAUGAAUGUGAUUGGAUGAUUUGA